AAGUCCAGUAUAAUAGAAAGUCAGAGAGACUGAGUGUGGUUUGACAGUCCUCGGGUGUAACUCGGAAGAUGAUGCGCAGCAGAGACCAAAGGUUAGAAACACUGAUUAAAUCAAGAGGGAGGAAGAAGAAUCCAGAAUGUGUUGGAAGUUUUAUCAACAGUGCCUCAGUGACAUCACUGACAACAGAACCAGCUUGGGCGGUAGAGUUCUCGGUGAUCCUCGUCAUGGCGGACCAAGAGGAGACUUUUGGCCUCCAAAACUCUCCCGGUGGCUCGGAUUCAAGGGAAGCACCGAGCGAUAAUAAAUCAGAGAAGCAGAACGGGACCUCGAGCAAAUCCCCAUCGUCACAGACGACUUACAUCCAGCAGGGAAUGGAGGGAAUAAAAGUCUACCUGCACGAGAGGGAACUAUGGAUGAAGUUUCACGAGGUGGGGACGGAGAUGAUCAUCACCAAAGCCGGAAGGCGAAUGUUCCCCAGCUUCAAAGUGAAGGUCACGGGACUAAACCCCAAAACUAAAUAUAUCCUCCUGAUGGAUGUUGUUCCUGCAGAUGAUCAUCGAUACAAAUUUGCAGACAAUAAAUGGUCUGUGACCGGGAAGGCAGAGCCCGCGAUGCCCGGGAGGCUCUACGUGCACCCGGACUCUCCAGCCACGGGGGCGCACUGGAUGAGGCAGCUCGUCUCCUUCCAGAAGCUGAAACUGACCAACAACCACCUGGACCCGUUCGGACACAUCAUCUUAAAUUCGAUGCACAAGUACCAGCCCAGGAUCCACAUCGUGAAGGCGGAUGAAAACAACGGCUUCGGCUCCAAAAACACGGCCUUCUGCACGCACGUCUUCCCGGAGACUGCCUUCAUCGCGGUCACGUCCUAUCAGAACCACAAGAUAACUCAGCUGAAGAUUGAGAACAACCCGUUUGCAAAAGGUUUUCGUGGAAGUGAUGACAUGGAGCUGCACAGGAUGUCCAGGAUGCAAAGUACCAAGGAGUAUCCAGUCGUGCCGCGCAGCACAGUGCGACAGAGAGUGGGCUCCAGCCAGAGUCCUUUCAGCGGGGAGGUCCAGGGCAUGGGCACGCCAAGCACCCUGAGCUCCCAGUACUCCCAGUGUGAGAACGGGGUCACUAGCACCUCACAGGACAUGUUGCCCCAGUCGGGCUCCUACCCCCUGCCACACGAGCACGGCCAGGACUUCCACUGCAUCAAGAGGAAAGUGGAGGACGACUGUCACUCAAGUGAGCACAGCUAUAAGAAAGCCUACCCGGAGAGCUCGUCCAGUGAGGAGGACCAUUACUACCGUCCUGUCGGCUACGCCCAGAGCCUCGGCCUGGCCGGGGGGCCCUACCGCAGUGAGUCCAGCCAGCGGCAGGCCUGCAUGUACGCCAGCGCAUCGCAGGGAGCCGAGGCCGUUCCCAGUUUGGAGGAUAUCAGCUGCAACACCUGGGCCAGUGUGUCACCCUAUGGGAGUUGCUCCGUCACCACCAUGCAGCCGAUGGAGAGGCUGCCCUACCAGCACUUCUCCGCUCACUUCACCUCAGGGUCUCUGGUGUCCAGACUUGGCGGAGUCGGGGGCCACGCCUCACCGCAGCUGGGUGAUGGCCACCACGCGGCCAUGUACCAGAGCUCCAUGACCCACCAGACUCUGGGCCGCCAGUGCAGCCCCGGUGCUGGGAUCCAGUCACCAACAUCCGGCCUACAGGGAAACGAGUACCUCUAUACACACGGCAUCCCACGUACAUUAUCACCACACCAGUACCACACUGUGCAUAGUGUCAGCAUCAUGCCAGAGUGGAACGAGAACAGCUAAAAGAGCUGACUUGGCCGUCGACAGGUGAAAGGAAAAAAAGGACCAAAAUCAGGCGGGUUUUUGAUGAAGUUAUAUUUAUAUUUUUUAGAGAUGCUGUCCAUCUUAAUGAGAUCCGUGUUGGUUCACUGACGGCCGUGGAUAUUCGUGAGAUUCGGUGUUGACUAGGAGCAUCUUCUUACUUAACUUGUUGUGACAGUAUCUGCACUUAUAAGAAAAUGACAGAAGCAUGAAGGUGAGGAGCCGGACCAGACAAAGACUUCUCAAGUGCAGACAAACGCAGACACUGAUCAGCAGAAGAAAAGGCUUCAGAUGUCUUCAUGCAGUGUUUUUCUUCAGAGACAAGGGAAUAUGUUUUCAUCAUUUUUGAAGUACAAAACUCUUAUUUUGUACCCAUGUCCCGAAUUCAUGUAAAAAAAAAAAAGAACAUUGUCUUCUGUCACAUUAGCUUGAGUUCUCAUUUCCUUUUAAGUUUUUGUAGUUUACAACUUACUUUGUAGUAACAUUGCUAUGAGUUGUUUUGUUUUGUUUUUUUAAUGAAUAAGUAAAUGAGAGCUUUUGUUGCAGCUCUUUGGUGAAUUUGCUCUUAAAUCUGUAAGAAGGGGUUAUUUGGUUUCCUGCUGCAGGGUUCAUGUACAUGCACGUCAAAUAGAUUCAUCUGAAUGCUGCAAAACUGAAACAUAGACAAAUAAGACAAUGACGUGCAGCCGCAUAGACAAUAUCAUUAACAUGACACUAAAGUAAAAACCCAGAUCUGUUGCCCAUAUAUUGCCAUCAUGAUCCAAGAAUUACAGUAAUGAACUAAUAUAUCAGUUUGCAGGGUGCAUUGCAUUCAAGUUUAGUCCAGUCCAGUUAUGGUUUUUACCUGCCUACAUCCAGCUCUCUCUAUUAAAUAUAAUGAAAUCUUCUUACAAACACAAUACAACUGCAGUUUAUUUCCAGUUGAUUUGAGAUACAAACAUGCAAACAUUUGACGUUGCAGCAAAAUUAAUACAAAAUCUUUCCAUCACACUGAUGGCUUCAAAUUUAAUCUUGGAUCGUUUCACUCUCAACCUCUCAGCAGUUACACCAUCCAGGUCCUAAUGGCGAAACAUCACAUUACCAUCAUUUACAGUGUGAACCAAACUAACUUAAAGCCCUAAUAUCAAUAUUGAAUUCACCUGAACACUAAUCAAUCAAUUUAUAUUGAUAUUGAAUCAAAUUACUUGAAAAUAAAUUAGUUAUAUCAGACUUCAAGUCAUCACAGGACCUGAAACAUGACUGCUGGACAUAUAAGAGGCAUGAAGUUACUGACCCAUCACAUCUUUAUGAGGUGAAACUAUGACCGGGUGCGGGUUAGUCACCUUGUUGUGUGGUUCCUCUGCUCUCAGGUGACCAGAAUCCACAACAUAUCGCCAUUAACGUCAUAUCACUCCACCAUCCCUCAGACAUACAUGUAAGGUGUGCAAUAUAUAGUUCCAGAUCUUAAUUAAGUAGCAGAAUACAAUUUGUAUAUGUAUAUAAUUACCAUUUAUUGGAUUAUGUAAAUUCUUAAAACUAAAACUGAGAAAAAUAAAGUAUUAUUCAAAAUAAGUCUCCACAAAAAUCAAUCCAAUCUUAUUGUAGGUUCGGCCAUCAAUAAAUGAAUCAUACAGAAAUACAAUUUCAUCCUGGCCCCUGGUUUUCUAAUCUGCAAAAAAGCUGAGUGGAAACAAACCUCAUGGGAAACAGCCGUGUAUAAAAAUCCAAAAUUAACUUUCUACAAAUUGUUGUCACAAGGAAAAAUUGGUUUUAACUGAAAAUGUUGUAUUUAGGGAAAAACUGCUUGUUAUUUAUUUGGAUUGUGUCCUUUAACACACUCCACAUACUUGACAGUAACUACACAGAAAUAUUGGUCGUCCCUCGUAGGGAAAUGUCUUUUAAUUGCUCUGGAUCAUCUUAUUUUGAUAUGCAGACAUAAACACAGCAUCACAGUUCGAUGACGAUCUUUGCAUCUAAAACACCAUCACAUAUUUUAUCGUGUUUCAGCCCUGCAGUUUUGUGAAGGAGCCUUUUUUUUCCUAUCUUUGUGUAAGCUCUGAUUGUGUGUUUCAUGCAGUCUCAUGUUGUACCCAGUGAAUGUGUGUGCUCUCACAUUUUAAGUAUUAACCCUCAAAAUGGCACUUCUCUGACAAUCAAACUAAAUUGACAUGUAAAGUAGCAGUUGGACACCAAGUAGAAUGUAAAUCUGACAACUCCAACUAAAUUUACUCUACACGCUAAAGCAGCGGUCGGUCUCACCGUACAAUUGAGUGUAUGUUAGAGGUACGUUUUUACAUGUGGACAAAUGCAAAAAUUUUAAAGGCUUGUAGUCAUUAGAAUGUUAUUUGUCAAUAGUAUUUAUUUUUCAAUGUACAUCAGUCUGCUUCUGCAUGUAUUAAAGAUAGAAGGUCCAAUUUCCUUUUUUUUUAUAGCCAUUUUUUUAAUGAUUGUUUAUAGGAUUUUCUAAUCAUACUUAUAUAGAAAACGGGAGAUCGCUAGACGGCCAUCAACAGGUAUCAAAAUAAGAUUAAACCACAUGAAUAACUUUGUAAAUAAACAUGUACAUAACAGAAU